AUGCUAAAUGAAAGAUUACCAAUGACAAGAUACUUCAUCAGAAAUUACAGAGAAAUCUUGAAGGAGUGUGGUGGAAUGAACAUUGAGAAACAGAUGAAGAUUUAUACAAAGAGAGAGAACAAAUAUGUUGUUCGUAAUGAUAGAACUACACCUCUAUGGGAUGUUAUGAAAACAUUGUGGGAGUGUAAAUAUUUCGAACCUAUUUCUUAUGGAGAACUUUUCACAUAUACGACUGACUUAUAUAAACAGAACCUUGCACCAUUUAAAGACUUGUCAUAUUCUCCUAAGUAUUGUGUUCGACAGAAGGAGAAAGCAGAGUCAAAAGAAGUAAAUAAAGCUAAGUGUAAGUUCAUUCCUGAGCACGUUUUCUUUGCUGACUUUGAGUGCAGUACCGAUGGCUUUCAUAAAGCUUUUAACAUAUGUUACGACAGUGAAGAUGGUUCAGUGAGUGAAAGCAUUUGGGGUCAGAACUGUGCAACAGAAUUUUUGGAACGACUUCCUGACAAGAGUUUAAUAUAUUUCCAUAACCUCAGUUAUGAUAUAAACUUCAUCUUAAGACACAUGACAGAAGUGAAAGGAACUCCCAUCAUUAAAGGUUCACGAACAAUGCAAAUAACUGGCUUAUAUAAAGGAAGGGCAAUUAUUAUAAAAGACUCUUACAGUGUUAUAAAUAAGAAGCUUAAACUAUUUCCUGCUAUGUUUAACUUACAAACAGGACCGAAAGAAGUAUUUCCUUACAACUACUACAGCAGUACUUUGUUAGCAAAUGACAACAGAACUGGUGUCAUUUCUGAAGCGUGUAAGUUUAUCCAGGAUGCAGAUACAUUCAUGAAAAACAUAGAUUCCAUCAAAGGUUGCAGAAUAGAUGAGAACCACUUCGACUUAGAAAAGUAUAGCACAUUCUAUUGCAAACAAGAUGUAAGAAUUUUAAGAGAAGGUUUUGUUAAGUUCCGCAAUGACAUAUUGAAAGAGUUUGAUUUAAACGUAUAUGACUACGUUAGUAUUUGUUCAAUUGCUAACAAAUUGUUUGAGAACAGAGU